AUGAAUUCAACUACAAUUUUGGCUUUCUGCAUUUUGGGUGUAUUUUACAUCAGUAGCACACAAGCAGUACCUGUGGCGAUCUACGAAGUUCCUGUUGCCGCCGUAUCAGAUACAGCUCCAUUAACUUUGUUGGAUAUUGAACAAUCAAAUGAAUCGGCAAUAGAUGGAGAGUCGGAGAGAUUAGCACGUGGUCUUGGUUUGGGCGGCAAAUUCGGUGGAUUUGGAGGUUUAGGACAUGGAAGUUUCAAAGGUUUUGGAGGUCUUGGUGGUCUUGGAUUUGGUGGACUCCAUGGACUGGGUGGAGGUUUUGGUGGUUUAGGAUUUAAGAAUCUUUUUGGUAAACAUUUUGGUUAA